UUAAAGAGGUGGCGUAACUGGUUAUGCAAGAAGUGGGCAAACACCGCCCAUUAGGUGUAUUGGGGAGGUGACGCACAGAAGCAGCGGAACCACCAAGUUUCACUCACAUAUAUCUUUCUACACCUCGACCACCCGAGGGAACAUUACCAAAUUAAUGACUUCCUUCUGCAAACUUUCCCAAAGGGACUGUCGGAGUUGAGAGAGCAUUAAUGUUUUUCUGCCUCAUGUGUCGGACAUGGCCUCUGCUUCUCCUGGGAGGAUUUGUGCUGUCAGGAGUGCCCCAAAUCUCAUGUAUUGAGAUCUUCGCUCCGACUGAAGUGAACGUGGUCAACGGGACUGAUGUCAAACUCAAAUGCACCUUCCGCUCCAGUCACCCUGUGUCGGCCAAAUCUGUCAUAGUUUCCUGGAACUUCCGCCCACUGAAUGCCAGGAGAGAGGAGUCGGUGUUCUACUUCCACGAGGAAGCGUACCCUCCUCAGAGCGGCCGUUUUAAAGGCCGGGCGGUGUGGUCAGGAGAUGUCACUGGAAAUGACGCCUCCAUCACCCUCCGUGAGGUGCCUCCAACCUUUAACGGCACGUACAUCUGCAACGUACGCAACCGUCCAGACGUGCACGGCAGCAACAAAGAGACCACCCUGAGCGUCGUCAGCACAGCUCCAGCCUUACUCUCCGAGGUUGGCAUCCUGAUCGUCGCAAUCGGCGGCGGCUGCACGCUGAUCCUGCUCCUCCUCGGGAUCUUCGUGACCGUAAAGUUCUGCAAAAAGAAGCGAGUGGGCAACGACAUUGAGAUGCGCGUUCCAGAGCGCGAGCGCAAGGAACCGACCGUGUGUAAACCUGAGGAGGCAGUUCAUCUCAUGCUCGUCAAAGACAAGAAGGAAGUUAUUAGCUCAGAUGAUGAAGCGUCUGAGCCCAGCAGCGGAGAUGAUGAUGAUGUAGAUGAUGGCAGUGAGGACGACGACGACGAUGAUGAUGAUGAUGAUGAUGACAAUGACGAUGAUGAUUAAAUGGGAGACGUUUCUUCUGAGUAUUCAUGACAUGACCCUGCCUAUUAAUUAUUGCCUCAUCAACCAUUUGUUUAUGUUUAUCAAUUUAGGUGCUUGACGAAGAACCUAUUAUAUUUUUAUGUUUGUUCAAAUGUAGUUGACUUUGCCAUCCACUUGCAUCGGGUCCAAGUGAGGCAGCGACCCACCAGAUCCAGCUUGAUUGGAACAUUAUGGUCUGGCGUGUUGCAAGGGUGAAAGAGGACAGUCUGCGUGUUAUUCUUAUUACAUCUGUGUCAUGAACGGCUUGGCUUCUUUAGCUUUAUCCCACUGCAUUCUCUCACUGCUGCUGCUGGGUCAGCGUUAUAUGUCCAUGGUACAACUAACAAGCAGUCUCACACUAAUGCAUAAAAUGUCUGUGUGCUGCUGCCGCUUUGCACUUACUUUGAGACGAGUCAAACACUCAAUCAAAAACACUUCACUUUAACGAAGCUUUUAAGUGCUGCUGCAAAACGACGAUUGUUCUUUUUGUACAUUGGCAACAUUGCACACAUCAUUUUGUAUUCUGAUUUUGUACAUACAAUUGUGUUAGCUACAGGUCUAUAUUUUUAUUAUCUUGUGCUCAUUUGUUUUCAUUUUGAAAUAAAAUAUUUAACAGAGUAAAAUUUAAUCUUGUAAUUGUUAAUAGAAAAAAUAAAACAGUGGGUGAGUUAGACAAAGCCUUAAACCACACCUUUGAUACAUA